GUCGGACAGCUGUAAGCAAAGAAACAGCGGAGCUCAGAUUCAGAAUAAUGGAGCGACUCUCAGUUCCUGGAGUGCAGAAGACUGUGCUGCACGCCGGAAAGGGGGACAUCCCACACGUUGAGAAGAACACAAAGGCAUGUGCAUGUAUGAAAUAGCCGCAGUGAUAUAUGCACACCCGUGUGCAGGCAUUCUUCCAUUUCAGGACCCUAGUUCUGACGGAGAAAGGGACAGGAGGGGAUAGCGAAGGAGAGAGAAGAGUGCUGGACGACAGCAGGACGCUGGGCACGGGACCGUUUGAGCUGCUGGUGGGUCGAAAGUUCAAGUUGGAGAUCUGGGAAGACAUGGUGAAGACAAUGAGGAUUGGCGAGAUUGCUGAGUUCAAGUGCCCUUUCAAGUUAGUCCUGGAGUACCCGAAUGUGUCCAAGGCCCUGCGGGAUCUGGCCCUCAAGAAAUCAGGGAGAGAGACUCCUCACACUCACAGCCACUCGUGUGGAUUUGGAGCCAUGCAUGGGACUGGUCACGCCGACCUCGAUGGACUCUACCAGGACAGGUCCCCUCUGGUGUUCCAGCUAGAACUGCUCAAAGUGGACCAACCCGGAGAAUACAAGAAGGAGUCCUGGGCCAUGAGCGCCGAGGAGAAAGACGAGGCGAUAUCGCGACUGAGAGAAGAAGGAAACGUCCUAUACAGAGCUGGGAGCCACGCAGAGGCAUGCGAAAAGUACUUUGAGGCUCUGGGGUACCUGGAAGAGCUGAGUUUGCGGGAAAAGCCAAAAUCGGUCGAAUGGGAAGCGACCGAGCGAAGGAAAGUUCCACUGCUACUGAACUACUCUCAGUGCAUGCUGCUCAAAAAGGACUUUGCAGAAGUGAUCAGACACACUACAACUGUUCUGAGUGUGGACGGGAACAACGUGAAGGCUCUGUAUCGGCGAGCCAAGGCCCACGCUGCCGGCUGGGACAAGGAGGCAGCCGAGGCUGAUUUCAGGCGAGCUGUGGAACUGGAGCCGUCUCUGGCCAGGAGCGUGGAGAAGGAGCUGGAGCAACUGGAGGAGAGGCUGGACAGAGAGAGGGAGGCAGAAAAGGACCGGUGGCAAGGAAAACUGUUUUAA